CUCGAGAGGUCGGCGCAGGUGGCGGAACGCCUCGAGGAGCAGCUGGCGGAGGCAAAACGGCGAGUUGUGCAGUUGCACAGCGAGCUCAAGACGCGUGAGAAUGAAUAUCAGGACGUGGCGCGACGCCUUCGUGACGAAGUGCUCCCGCAGCCCGAGCCAGCAGCAGUGAAGCCGAAGCUCGACUUGCAGGGGCUUCUGGCGGGCGAGGAGUUCGAGGUCGACGACGGGGGCGCGUUCGGGCUCGUGGACGCGGGCACCCAGCUCUCAGCGGAGGAGAAGAUCGAGUUCGACAAGGCGGCGUUCGGCCAGGCGAAGGAGAAGUCCUCCGCCCUGCUGGAGGAGCACAGGGAGCUCGCUCGCAGGAUGGCCGACGCCAAGCGGCGCCGCACCGAGGAGCCAG